AUGGAUUUGCACGCGCCGCUCGUUGUCCACGGGUAUGAGAGCCAUGCGCCGUUGUUGGAGGUCGAGGGUCUGGACCCCCACAGCCCUCAGAAGGUCCUCAUCCACCCCAUCCAGGGCCAGGAGAUGAUGAACGAUCAUCGGAAUGGAGAGUUUGAUUUCACAGACGAACAGUUCCACGCGCACAGCAGCCAGAGCGGAGAUGUGUUGAGUGAAGUGUCCAAGCUGGAGGGUCAAAGUAAAGCAACCUUCGCCGCCCUAUUCGGGCUCCGGGCCGGCGGCGUGGACCUCUCCGCGGCCUACAGAUACAAUCAAAACAUGAUGGAGUAUUACACAUGUCACGGCGGGGUUAAUCAAUUAGGUGGAGUUUUUGUUAACGGGAGACCUCUGCCUGAUGUGGUGCGUCAGAGGAUAGUGGAACUGGCUCACAGCGGAGUCAGACCCUGCGACAUCAGCAGGCAGCUCAGGGUCUCACAUGGAUGUGUCUCCAAGAUACUGUCACGGUAUUACGAAACCGGCAGUUUCAAGGCGGGUGUGAUAGGUGGCUCAAAACCUAAGGUUGCCACUCCACCAGUAGUGGACGCGAUUGCAGCUUACAAACGAGAGAACCCAACGAUGUUCGCGUGGGAGAUUAGAGACAGGCUGCUGAGUGAAGGGAUCUGUAGUCAAGAUAAUGUACCAAGUGUGUCCAGUAUUAAUAGGAUCGUUCGUAACAAGGCAGCAGAGAAAGCAAAACACGCUCACAAUCAACAGCAGCAACAACAACAACAGGAGCAGGAGAUCAGCUCAGCACAGGGCAGCGUAGUAUCAGUGAUAACGCAUUCUGGUAAUGCACCAACAACUGCGGUGUUAUCUCCUACCACGGAGCAUGUGAACAACACGGGCAGUUACAGCAUCAAUGGGAUAUUAGGUAUAGAGCAGGUGGACGCCUUACAUAAUGGAAACACCCUCAAGAGGAAACGCCAUGAGGACCAAGAUGAAAACAGAGACUUCAACAGUCACUCCGAAGACGAUGUUAAGAGACAAAGGAGUCAUUACAACGGUGACCAAAUAUAUUCAAACCUCUGGUCAUCCAAAUGGAGUCUGAAGGAUGAGUACAAGUUGUUGUCUGAGCUGGGAGGCUCCGCUGGCUACUACGGGGAACUGUUCGACGCACAGUAUGAUCACACACACCACUACACCACGCAUUCUGCAGUUCCCGCGAGUGAUUCAGGCUCGACUGCUGCAGCAGAACCUCCAUCAGGUGCUGGCAGCCCGGACGCCGCGGCGCUGGUAGUACUACAACCACCAGCUGCCUACCCACCAUACGCGCACUAUGAUGGCGAGCCAUUUGAAGAAGAGCCCUGCACUCGCUCCGGUACAACUACCCUCGCCAGCGAGUACGCAUACGCGGCUCCCUACUCACAAUACUCCUACGGACCUUAUGGUCACUCAGCCACAGGACUUCUAUCCAAGUGCCUCGAUACAAAUGACCUUGUGGGAGAUAUAAAUCUGUGCGUUUUAUCACUGGCUACCGGUGUACAGACGCCGGCUUCACGAAACACUCGCAUUCAAAUAUAG